ACAGUCUCAUUCACUUGUUACAGUGCUCAUCUGUGACAGUUCCACUGUAUUAUCAUUAUGAACACAACAAUCAUAAUGAUAAUAGACCACAUUUAAAUAAUCAAUGGGUCAUGCUGGUCCGCCUCUGAAUCCUAAAAUGUAUAAAGGUGCCGGACCAUCUGACCCGAAGCUCACUCAACCUGUGAACUUUCACAGAGCAACAUAACCGGUUUUUAUUGGAUUGAAUAUCUCAAGUUUCAAAAUGCCACCAGCAAGGAAAGGACCUGUGUAUAUAGUGUGCAGGAUGUUCUUGCUAUCAUCCAAAAUGGAGAGUGACUUUGAGUUGGAUUCAGACGACAGUGAUGCAAGUGAUAGAGAAACAGAUGAAGAUGCUGGUGAAAGAAAACCAACAACCCACUGAACCCACUGACUGCCCAGACGAUGAUUAUGAGGACAUUGAGCUACAACCAAAGAAACCGACCAUGCCCCGUGACCGGUAUCGCUGGCUGAAAAGGGAUUUUGUCAGUCCCAAUACUGAUUUUUCUGGUCCAGAUGUCACCAAUGGUGGUGUUUCCAUCCACACACCACUGGAGUACUUCCAGAGAUUUGUGUCAGAAGACAUGCUUUCAGGUUCUGACACAAAACACAAAUGAGUACAGCUUUCAAAAGACUGGAAUAUCUGUUAACACCAAUAAAAAAAAAUCGAGAAAGAGAUUGGAAUUUACUUGAAGAUGGGCCUAGUUCAAAUGUCUGGAGUCAGUAUGUAUUGGGAGACAGCCCUGCGGUACAACCAAGUUUCAGAUGUGAUGUCACGCAACAGAUUCCAAGAACUGCUGAGAUCGUUACAUUUUUUUCAACAACUUGACAGUGCCAGAGACAGAAAAGACAGACAAAUUGUGGAAACUAAGACCUUGGCUUGAUUCAUUCAGAGAGAAGUGUCUGCAGGUUGUACCGGAAGAACACAACUCUGUGGAUGAGAUGAUGAUCCCUUUCAAGGGGAAAUUCAGAGGCAUAAAUUCAGCGUGGGGGUUCAAAUUAUGGGUGAGAAGUGGAAUCUCUGGCAUGGUCUGUGAUUUUUAGGUGUACCAAGGCAGUGUCAAUGGACAUCGAGCCAAAUCUGAACUUGGAUUGUCAGGGGAUGUUGUGAUGAAGCAUGCUUCCACACUUCCAGAAGGGCAGAACUACAAAAUCUAUGCAGACAACUAUUUCAGCUGCAUCCCAUUGGUAGUUCAGCUCCUUCAUCGUGGAAUUCAUUACGUGGGAACAGCCAGACAGGUACGUCUACCCAACUGUAACCUUGCAGACGAGAAGAGCUUGAAGAAGAGUGGGAGAGGAAGCUUUGACCUCAGAGUCGAGGGGAACCACAACAUCUGUGUUGUAAAAUGGUUUGACAACAGGGCGGUGACACUUGUGUCAUCCUUUGCUGGUCCAGAACCUGUGCAGAAAAUUAAACACUGGGACAAAGCCACCAAAACCUACACUGAAGUUGAGAGGCCUUACAUUGUGAGAACUUAUAACAGAUUCAUGGGAGGUGUGGAUUUAUUGGAUUCACUUGCUGCCAAAUAUAAGUUCCGCAUUAAAAUCGAAACGGUGGUACUUGUAAAUCUUCUGACACACCAUUAUUCUUGCUGUGAUCAAUGCCUGGCUCCUCUACAAGCGAGACUGCACAGUGCUCAAGUUUUUGCCAAAAGAGACGCUGAAAAGGAGACCGUUUCAGGCAGAACUAGCAGAUUCUCUUAUCCUGGUGAACACAACUCCAAUUAAAUCAAAGAGAGGGCAACCAUCUUCAGCCGGUGGCAGCCCAAUAACAGACGAGGAGCCCUUUGAAUGCUCACAAGAGAUCGUCCUCUGAUGGGAGUGAACCAAAUGGGACCCCAUCUAAGAGGCCAUCUGCAACCCCCCCCCCCCCCACCGAUGGACGUGCGCAGGGACAUGGUUGCACAUUUACCAGUGAAGACAAAAAGAGGACGCUGCAGACUCUGCAAAACUGGCUACACCAAUACUCUAUGCUGCAAGUGC